GAACACAUUGUCACUGUUGAGGGCAGUCAAAGAAAACAAACACUUCGAGAUCAAUGGGCUCAAGUCUCAGGGCCGGCUGGGCCCGGAAAUCGCCCCAUCCACUCCCAUCGGCGCGAUAAACCGCAGGAAAGAAAAGGAAAAUCCCAAGCCAAAGCUGCCGGAGCUCGCAAUUCUCACCUCUGAAUCUUCGCGUCGUCGUCUUCACAGCACAGCUCGAAGCGGGGAAGCAAGGAUGCCGAAGCCCGCGGGGGACGCCAAGCUCCUGAUCCAGUCCCUCACCAAGGCAUACGCCGCCACGCCCACGAAUCUCAAGAUCAUUGACCUGUACGUGGUUUUCGCCGUCGCAACUGCCCUGGUUCAGGUCGUUUACAUGGGAAUAGUUGGGUCAUUCCCCUUCAACUCUUUCCUGUCUGGUGUCCUGUCAUGCAUUGGAACUGCAGUGCUUGGUGUUUGCCUCCGUAUCCAAGUCAACAAGGACAACAAGGAAUUCAAGGAUCUUCCCCCGGAAAGAGCCUUUGCUGAUUUCGUCCUGUGCAAUCUGGUGCUCCACCUGGUGAUCAUGAACUUCCUCGGAUGAGCAACUGUCAUACAAGCUGUCGAGAUUUUGUAGCGUCCUAAUGUCUAAGACUGUCAGCAUGUUAGAUAUUCAUGUGGCAUCAUACACAGCUAUGUAAUCCGAGAGUUUCUCUAUGAACUAUAAGAAUUCAGUGGAUUUAGCGUUAACUUUGUGGAACAUGACAACUUAUUUGAGGGAGUGAAGGCUGGGAGAAGUGAUCACUUAAA